UUAUAAACCGUCAAGGACAUCUGUUUCCCGUUGGCUGGUUCCUGAGGCUUUGGAGUUCGACAAAAUGAAGCUCACAGCCCUGUCAGGCGGGUUCUUUCUCCUUUGUCUGUUGUGGAAUGCUUCUGGACUCGAGCCAGCAGUGAUUUCAGUGUGCUCUGAUGACUGGCUGCUCGUGAGAAUAGAGAGGAGGCCCUUUGGUAACGACACAGAAUUGAGAGUUGAUGACCUAUACCUGGGGAACAACUGCUCCGUAACCAGGGUCCUCAGCUUCAACUAUGAGUUUUCUUAUCCUGCUGCUUCCUGUGGGAUCAGUAAAUUUAUGUUCCAGGGAAAUGUCUUCAUCUUGUCUGAGAUCAGGUACAGACUGGUUCAGGAGCUGACCCGCAGAUUCCAGGUGAUUUGCUCUGUGAAGAGGCCUAAGUUAUUUUCGACGGAGCCCUUUGGAUUAAGUAGGUAUAGCGUGAGUGCCUUCUGUGGUGGCACUCAGGUGAUAGGACAAGAGUCAUCGGUCUCCUCCCAAACUAAAUCACAUGAGCCUAAUUUUAGCAUUUCUCAUAAGGACCAACUGUCUGUGAACCUCUGGAUCAAUGGUCCCUGUGUGAAGAAUUCCUUUGUGCCCUGAGAUCCAGAAGCAAGGGGUGCAAUACAAGCCUGGGACCUGGUUUCAGCCACACCAUUGUUUUGUCUGUUUCAAGACCAGUAGUGACAUUUGUGAACCUGUUUAAACGUCUGUUGGGACUUGGGAGAUCAUAGCUCUGUAAUGUCAUGUUUAAAUGUUUUACUGGGUUAAUUCUAAGAGCACUUGUCACCAGAACUUUCCGUCUGAAGGCUGAAGUUCUAAUAAAGCUGUUUCUGUGCAGGAGCUUACUCAUAAAUCAGGCUGCAUGGUG